AUGAAUUGUUCGGAAACAGAAGAUAUUGCGCGUCAAAUUGAAUUAUAUACUUAUCCAAUUUUACUUACUAUUGGUACAGUGGGAAACUUUUUAUCGUUUAUUGUUUUAAUUCAAAUGCGACAACAUAGCGUAUAUCGGUAUCUAACAUUUAUGUCUCUUGCGGAUACCAUUGUUUUAUAUAUUGGAUUAUUACGUGAGUUACUCUUAUCAUCAAAUUUUCAUAUCCAUAUUCAUGGAACAAUAUUAUGUAAAUUACAUGUUUUCUUUUUCUAUAAUACUCUACAUUUAUCAUCAUGGUUUCGAUGUUGUUUAAAUUUAGAUCGUUAUAUUGCUGUUAAAUUUCCUAUAUAUACAUCAAAAUGGUGUCGUACACGACAAGCAACAAUUAAUGGAAGUAUUGUAUUAAUAAUUUUAUGUUUAUCUAAUAUUCAUUUAUUAAUAUUUGUUCAUGGUGAUAAUAAUAAUGGUAUAAAUUCUAAUCGAUCAACUGUUAAUCCAUUCCAAUAUCAACAAUGUUAUUUACAUGAAAAUUAUGUAUAUUUUUUUGAACAUAUCUAUACAUGGAUUGAUAUGUUUCUUGUAACAAUAAUCCCAUUUCUAUUUAUAACUUUAUGUAAUUUAACUGUUAUUAAUCGUGUAUUUCUUGUAUCAGGUCCAAGUAAAAAAAAUGAUUUAGUUAGUCGUUCAAAAGCAACAAAUCGUUUACGUUCACUUUGUCUUAUGAUGAUAUGUUCAUCAUUUGUAUUUGUUGCAACAACUUUACCAGUUACAGCAUUUAUUAUUGAUUUAUUGUCAAAUAAAUCCUCUAUUGAAGCUAUUCGUUGUCGACGAAUACAAUGGACUAUUUAUAACAUAUUAAUGUAUUUUAAUUAUGCAAGCAUACUUAGUUAUUGUUUAUCUGGAACAGAAUUUCGUCAUGUUCUAAUGACAACAAUACGUAUGAAAACAAAAUCAAGUUUAGUUUCAAUGUUUCACACAGAUAUGAUGAAUGCUGUUAAUUUACGUCGAACAUCAACACCUCAACAAUCAAAUCGAUUAGUUGUUGAUUAUGAAGAUAAACAACGAUUUCGUUCAUUAUCUGUUGUUGUUCUACCAUCAAUGAAAUUAAAUAAAAACCAACAUGUUUCAAAAAUAAAUUAUAGUAAUAAAAAAUAUUUAGAUAUUCAACCAAUAAAUUAUAGUACUAAAGAUAAACAUUCAUGGACAAGUCAAACAAAUUGUGCCGGUUUAACAUUAUCAUCAACCAUGCAAAGUUCGCGUGAAACAGGAAGAAGAUCAAGUUGUUUAUUAAAUAAUCCUUUAGAUGAUGAUAAUCAACAUGUAAAAAACAAUUAG